CAUGGCGACGUCGAAGCUACUCGCCUGGUUAUCAAAUCGGAGUUCGUGCAGCGCCGUAAGCCAGUCCAUCCCUCCUCUCCCAUGUGGUCGAGACCCCAUACAAACCGGACGUAAGGUUGGAAACAAAAUAAUACUGGUUAUCUUGUUUUCUUAGCUUGUAUUGACUUGUUUCCUUAUUCAUAAAGGCCUUGAUGUCCCUUCCUUUGGUACGAGUAUCUAGGAAGUUACGAUGGUCGGGAGUAGGAUACGGAUUUUUAUUCUCAUUCUAGAAUUGCCUACCUCACAUACCUGCCUACCUAAUCUACCUUAGGUACCUAGGCAGCCAGUCGCCAGCAUGUCCGAGCUAAUUUCCACGCCACCGAAAGAGGUGGUGGUGAUCGAGUCCUCGCGCGACGCCUCCGGAUCCUCCCAUAGCAGCAACGACAACGGUGAGGCUGGAGAGAAGGCCAAAGUGCCAUGGUGGGGGUACAUCUGGGACUACGAGCCGGGGCGGACGCGGGAGGAGCGGGUGUUCGUGCAGAAACUGGACGUGUUCCUGGUGACGAUGCUCUCGUUCGGGUACUUCAUCAAGAACCUGGACCAGACCAACAUCGGCAACGCCUUCGUCAGCGGCAUGAAGGAGGACCUGGCCAUGAACGGCAACGAGAUCAACCUCGUCGACGUCGCCUGGACCGUCGGCUACGUCGUCGGCCAGAUCCCAUCACAGAUUAUCUUAACGAAAGUCCGGCCCUCCGUCUGGGUCCCGACCUGCGAGCUCGUCUGGACCAUCCUGACCUUCUGCCUCGCCGCCGCCAAGACCUCCAACCACGUCAUCGCCAUCCGCUUCUUCGUCGGCCUCGCCGAGUCCUCCUUCUACCCGGCCGCCCACUCCAUCCUCGGCUCCUGGUACAAGCCGUCCGAGCUGGGGAAGCGCGCCUGCAUCUUCCACGCCUCCUCCGCCGCCGCGAGCAUGUUCUCCGGCUACCUCCAGGCCGGCGUGUAUAAGGGGCUAAAUGGCGUUCAUGGUUUCGCGGGCUGGCAAUGGCUAUUUAUCAUGGACGGAGUUAUCAGUCUCCCGAUUUGCAUUGCGGGAUACUUCAUCCUACCCGAUCUCCCGGAGAACACCAAGGCCUUCUAUCUGAGCGAAGAGGACCGCACUAUGGCUAGAACCCGUAUGGAGAAAAUCGGACGCGCGCCUCGAACGAGGUUGGGGCGCUCGGCAUUCAAGCGUAUAUUCGGCCGAUGGCACGUGUACCUUCUAUCGAUCUUGUACAUAAUCUUCAUCAACAUCGGCCCAUCGUCAAGCAUCAACCCCAUGGCUCUCUGGCUCAAGUCCAAGGGCGAGUCCGUGGAGCGCAUAAACCUCAUCCCCACCGCCUCCUCCGCCGUGCAACUCGUGCUCACCGUGACCUUCGCCAUCAUCUCGGACGCCCUGCGCCGGCGCGCCGCCAUAAUGUCCGUCUCCACCUUCCUCGGCGGCUUCGCCGCGCUGCUCCUCGCGAUCUGGAACAUCCCCACGGGGCUGAAGUGGUUCGCCUUCCUCCUGCAGAAGGCGUCGGUCCCCUACGGGCCCCUGAGCAUGAGCUGGGCGAACGAGAUCUGCGGCGGCGACGCCGAGGAGCGCGCCAUCGUCAUCGGCAUCAUGAACACGCUCGGCUACGCCUUCAACGCGUGGGUCCCGCUCCUGACGUACCCGCAGCUCGACGCGCCCACCUUCCGCAAGGGCUUCGUCUUCUCGACCGUCGCGUUCGCGGCGCAGGCGGGCAUCACCGCCACGGUCGCGGCCAUGUACAAGCGGGAUUUGAAGAAGGCCGGCAGGAACUUGAGCUUGGAGCAGGAGGCGGUGGAUCGGGAGAGGAGGGUUGCGGAUGAGGAGGGGGUUGCUUCGUAGGGUUGUAUACCUAGGGGUAUGUAUUGUACCUAGCAGGUAUAUAGGUACCUAUAUAGGCGCCUCCUGAGGUGUUUUAGUGUACAUGGUGAGAGAUAUAGGCGUAAAUACAUUCACAACAGCGUCAUUUGCGAUACAGCUUCACUUUCGAUCAUAUUCUUUGUGCGUGAGUAGGUAGGUAACCUAGGUAUGUAUUUAUUACCUACAUGUAGGCAUCAAACAAGCACCUACCCACCUACCCAUCCAUCUAUCCCCAAGCAUAACAAAAUCCCAAAAUCCCCCCCCAAAAAAAUCUAAAACCCAGACUCCUCCAUCAUCCUAGCAAUCACCUCAUCAGAAAUCCAAC